AAAAGAAGAUGAGUGAAUCCAGUGCAAAAUCAGGCCAACCUCUGGCUGCCAAACAGGACAAGGAUGUCUCUGAGAAGAGAGGACGAGGGCGGCCCAGGAAGCAGCCUCAGCAGGCACCCAGUGAGGCACCAGUCCCCAAGAGACCCCAUGGCAGACCAAAGGGGAGCAAAAACAAGGCGGCUACAAAGGGAAGGAAAGCUUCUGUAACAUCUGGGAGAAAACCUCAAGGCCGACCCAAAAAAUCAGAAAAGGAGGAAGAAGAGGUCAACAUUUCCCAGGAGUCAUCGGAAGAGGAACAGUGAAGAUAGUCAACUGAUUCUACCUCACAAUUCAGUUUUCCUAUUUUUUGUCAAGUUUUGGGACAGAGGAAGGAACAAAGAAUCCUUAUUCCUUUUCUGACCCCCCUACAUCCCUAGUGUUCUCACAGUUAAAAUAACAGCAACACUGGAAUACGGUGUGAAACAAAUCAGCCAUCACGUUUGUUGAUGUGUAAUGUUUAAAGGGAGAACAGUAUACUUUG